AUGAACCAUCUUGAGGGCACAACUCCUCAAUCAUUUUCUUCAAGAAAUAGCUUGGUGACUCUUGAUUUCAGUCAAAAUCGAUUUGAAGGCACAUUACCACAGUCCCUUGUUGAAUGUAAAUAUUUGGAAGUUUUGGAUGUCAGUAGCAAUCAGAUAGAUGAUGCAUUCCCGAGAUGGUUGGGAACACUUCCAGAGUUAAAAGUUCUCAUUUUGAGGUCCAACAAUUUUAAGGGUUUGUUGGAUAUUCCAAAGGAAGUUGACCUCUUUCCCAAGUUUCAUAUUUUGGAUCUCUCCAAAAACAAUUUUGGCGGUCCUUUGCCGACCAACUUGAUAAUGAGGCCUGAAGGCAUGAUAAAUGGCGAAAAUGGGCAAGAAAAAUCAUUAUAUAUGACACGGUCUAUCGAAGGGAGAUCAUAUGAAAAUUCUGUGAUUGUGACAAUGAAAGGGCUGGAGAUUAAGCUAGUGAAGAUCUCGACCAUCUUUACAACCAUUGACUUGUCGCAUAAUUCUUUCAAAGGAAAUAUUCCUGGAGUCUUUGGACAACUCCAUUCUCUCAAAUGGCUCAAUCUUUCACACAACCAUCUUACAGGUUCCAUACCUUUGACUCUAGGAAACUUGAUUAAUCUUGAAUGGCUCGAUCUAUCUUCAAACAAGCUCAGUGGGGGAAUUCCUAGAAAAUUGGGAGACUUGGCAUCCGUUGGACUCUUGAACCUCUCGAAGAACCAACUCACGGGAUGCAUACCUCAAAACAAGCAAUUGAGCACGUUUUCAAGCAACUUGUUUAGUGGGAAUCCAGGCUUAUGUGGAACUCCGUUGCCAAAAGCAUGCCCUAGCGAUACUCAACCUCCUCAGUCACUGCCCUCGUCUACUUUCGACCGCGAAGGGCCAAGAUGGAUAGACAACAAGAAGAACCGCCUCCAGAUGGAGCAGGAGAACAAGAGAGAGGAUGAACAAGUUAAAGAGUACAUGGGAGAAUAUGAUGGAUGCAUAUUGGAAUCUAGUGCGAGCAGAGAAGUAUGA